AUGGCUUCAACAAACCGACCCACUUCUGAGCACAUUCCGGAAGUGCUAGUUGCAUCCGACUACGAAGACGCGGUGUCCAGUGGAGAGGAACUUGCAAAACUGUGUAAUUCGCUGAAAACUCAUCUGGUGGCAUCGUCAAAAAUGAGAAGGGAGAAUAAGAAAAGUGUGUCUAAAAUGUUAUUAACGAAUCGAGAAAGGAUGGCAAAAUGUUAUAGUCGCGAGUCAAGCAGUGAGCAUUCGAGUUUGGAAAAAUUGCAACCCGCAGAAAUGCAUAGCCGACGUGCCACCGGAUCGAAGCGACGGAGCAACUCGGGAAGUGAUCAUAGCAGUGACUGGAAAGUUUUGAAUUUCGCGUUCCAAGAAAUGGCUCACUAUCCUCUGCUAAUGCAGCUCAACGAGCAGUUAAUGGAAAUUUCUAGGCAAUUGAAUAGCGUAGAAGCGACGAAUGCUCUUCAAUUGAAGGUCAUCAUGCAUUUGUUAAAUCGAAUGCAUAAGAUGGUUUGGUAG